UUCAGACGCUUAACAGGUGCUCAACAAGUGUCAUCUGAGCAAGGGAUUUCGAACAUCGCUCACGUCUCUCAAGCAGCCGACAAUGGCACCUGCAAUGACACUAAUAGUUAUUGGUGUACUAGCCAUAUCCUCGUGUGGCCAUGGCACAGCUCAGUCUUCAGUGUUUGGUAAAAGUUCAGCUGUUUCCUUCUAUCGAAACCGACAACCACUGCCUGUCAGCGUGUCGGGCGCCAGUGACGUUACAACGCUAUAUGCAGCCCCACCCGCUCUGGCAUCGACACCAACCCUUCCUCCCAGAAUACAACUGGCAUUGCAGUUUUUAAAAGACAAUCCUGCUUUCGUUCAGAAGUUUAUGCCUCUUUGGGAAGCUAUCCAGCCAUAUUUUCGCCAAGUCGGUAUUUCUAACAACCCGCUACUUCCACAAUUAACGAAUGAGUUCUGGACUCUGUUGCUGGUGGAUUUUCCCAGAGUUCUAAAUUCCACUCUGACACAUCAAGUCAUCGACGACAUCACUGGCCAUAUCAGUAAGAUCAGUUUGACAGGCGUUGAUAACAACAACGCAGCCGACGUGAUUAAGGCUCUUCUAAUUAGGUUUCCAUGGAAGACUUUCGUAAAUGACUUAUACGUUAUAGCAAAACAAGACAACAUAUACCCAAGUCAUCCUUCUCUACAAACGAGAUUAAAGAUGGUUCUUCUGAACUUCACCCUUGGUACACUACCAAGUAUUUUAAUCAACCCUUUAGUCAGGUCCACGGAAGACAUCAUCAGCAAACACGUUAUGGCCGUUAAUUUAACCGGAGUGGACACGUCUCAUUUAGGACCAGUUGUGGAAGCUGUGUUUUUUCAGGUAGACUGGUCAGAAGUUUUGUUGGAAUUCUACGGAUUGUUGCGGAAGUUUGGUCUUUACCCUCAGACACCUUCGAUUAGAUUCACAAUAGAAAGCCUGUUGCUGAAUUUCACUCUGGACACCGUUCCAGCAAUAGUGAAGAAUCCAUUCUUCCAAGCACUGGACAGGAUCGUAAUGGGACAAAUUCGAAAAAUGAACUUAACCGGGAUCGAUCCGCGAAAUGUUGGACAGCUGCUCUCCACAAUCCUCAUUCAACUGCAUCCGGAGGAAAUCAUAAGCAAAGUAAACGCACUUCCAGGAGUUCAAAACCCGGAGAAGACUGUUAUACCAAUCAAUAAACAUUGUGUGAAUGAUAUUACUAUGGCAUACCAGGCCUUGUUGUCUGGCAAAUCAUGGGCUUUACAAAUGCUUGAUGCCACAGGCAAACCUGGUGCUGGAAUCCUGAAAGGUAACCUGUACAUGGUAGGCAACUAUGACCAGUGUUUGUCCGUCAGUGUUCGGGACACCCAGACUAUCAUUCGUCGGCGGGACAAGGUGGGAGUGGACUAUGAGCGAUUUAAAGGCCAUUAUUGUCGUCUAACUGUUGACCUUCCCAAGUCUUUUGUUACCAGUCUCGGCGUGGACACCCAUGGGAUCCCCGUCCGGCUCUCCUGGGGCCUGUGUCUGCCUAACACCUGUGCCGGAUCCGACGUGAAGGCCAUGCUUACCUCUGGAUUUAUGUCCCAAAUUGACAUCAGUGUACGGGACGUGUUCUGUGGCAAUGAUGCAAACCUUUCCCAGGAUGGCUCCGCAAUAGCAGCAAUAGUAAUACUUAGUAUUCUUUUAGCAUUAACUGCCAUCGGAACAUUGGUUGAAAUCAUUGUUAAGCCGCGGAAUGCGACUCUUUCGCCAUCAAGCAACGGGGCCAUUUCUUCAAAGACUACUGGAGCACGUUCAACCGAUAUUGGUCACACAAAUGGAGGGUAUGUUUCUGAAAAGGCCGGCCAUAAUCUCCGUGUUAACGGAUCAGGUCCUGUAGAGGAAAACCACAAUGGAGUGGUUCAAACCUCAUUUUCAAUGGAAAACGAGAUAAGCAACAUUGCGCCUGGAUCGACUAAUGACGAUGUUAUGAUGGCAGAGGCGCACACCGUCAAGGCGGCUCCAAGGAAGAGAGAGAGUCUGGCCGUGAAAUUGUGGCUAAGCUUUUCACUUCUGUCAAAUGUCCCAAAAAUCUUGGCUGCCACACACCCUAAGGGCUCGAUUACAUGUUUGAACGGCAUUCGUUACCUGAGUAUGGCCUGGGUCAUCCUCUGUCACACUUUCUACUACGGUGUAUUCUCUAUUUCGGAAAACCAGACGGCAGAAAACAUGAUCGACGCUCCUGGCUACCUCCAGCGAUUCACCUUCAUGCCGCUAGUAUACGGGACUUUCUCAGUGGACACGUUCUUCGUGCUCAGUGGGUUUCUGGUGGCGUAUCUAUUCUUCAAAGACAUCGAUAAGCGAAAGGGUAGAGUGACAUGCGCAAAGAUGGUAGUCUUUUACGUACACAGGUUUUGGAGGCUGACACCGAUAUACAUGAUUGUAAUUAUGAUGUUCACGGGAUUACACAAGUACGUUAUCUUCGGCCCGCUGCUGCCUAGAGACAUGUCUAACGCAGAGAACUGCAAGACAAACUGGUGGACAAACCUUCUCUACAUCAACAACCUGGUGCGCGUCGACGACAUGUGUAUGGGAUGGACAUGGUACCUGGCUAACGACAUGCAGUUCUACAUCAUCUCACCAGUCUUCAUUCUGGCCCUGUAUUUUUUUCCCGUUGUCGGAGUGAUCUUGACCUCACUGUUGGUAGCAGCCAGUAUAACAUCCACAGCCAUAAUUGAAAACAGAGGUGCUGGCAACAUGUUGAAUAUAAAGACGGUAGCACCAGGCAAACCUAACUACUACAACGACAUAUACGUGAAGCCGUGGUGCCGAGUCGGAGCGUACGCCAUUGGCCUUCUACUGGCUUUUAUCAUGUACAAGCGAGGACAGAGGAAGCUAUCCGUAAUAUGGGCUACACUUGGAUGGGUAAUCGCCCUCACAGUCGGGCUUUUCCUCGUCUAUUGCGGGUACACAGAGCUACAAGAAGGUGGACAACCCUGGUCUCAGCCAGUCCGCACGGCCUAUGAGAGCCUCUCACGACCAGCCUUCGCAGCAUGUGUGUCUUGGGUGAUAUACGCCUGCCAUACCGGUAGGGGAGGAUACAUUAACAGUAUCCUGUCUUGGAAAGGCCUCAUCCCGCUGGCACGCCUCACCUAUGCCGCCUACCUGAUCCACCCAGUGAUCAUGUUCAUGUACAUGUACCGCAGGAGUGCUCUUAUUUACCUGAGUGACUACGUCAUGGUGUAUUUUUACCUUGGACAUCUGUCCAUUGCCUACGCUUCCGCCUUCAUUUUGUCGGUGCUGUUUGAAUCGCCUUUCCUGGGUCUUGAGAAGAUCAUCUUAAAACUGCUCGGCGCCUAAAACUGCUGGAUUGUCCGGCGCUUGAGAUUGUCCGGCGCUUGGGAUUGUCCGGCGCUUGAGAUUGUCCAACGUUUGAGACUGCUAAGCGAUUAAACCAUGCCACAGAUAAUAAAUCGGCGAUCUUUUAAGCUUAACACAAUGUUAGGUGUGUCCACUUGAUUUUUUCAAAAGGACAUCAAUAUACCUAUACGACAUCUGUGAUACGAUACGUUUUUGUACAUACAUAGUCAUUAUAUAGUGCAAACUAUUAUACCGCCUCUGUGUAUGGUAGAAGUGGUGCCGGCCCAGUUAAAAUCAGCUGUGUAUACAACAUUUUAAUUGCACAGAUUACUUUCGCUUAUCGUAGAGGUUUUAUUGUAUGCCCAUUUGACUCUUGUUACCAAGUUUUGCCAGUUGAAGCCAGUUUCGCAUUCCUCUAUUUUUAGGCACUCGUCUCCGUGUCCUCCAAAAGGCGUUGUUUUUUUUUAACUAUAUUAGAUACAUGUACGUUUUAUUUCUAACUAUGAGUACAAGCACUUCUCUUUUGUACCAUGCCCUCGAGAGUUACCACUUUAUUUAACUGCUCAGCUAUUUGUUCUUUUGUGUUGAUGUUUCCGUUGGAAAUGAUUGGUCACUGGUCUCAAUCCGCAGAUCUGACAUAUCCAGUUAUCGACUGAGUGUAAUGUAAAGGACCGAUAUGGCUCAUGCACCGAGACCUGGAUUUUUAUACUUUCUUCAUGGAGGCGUGAUAAGGCUAUUAUACUAUCAUUCUCUUGUUUGUCCAUAAAUAAAAUAUGUAACAUAAAAGUUCAAUAAAACACCAAAAUAUUGGUAAGUUGGUGAUUUUUGACAUAUACCAAAAGCAUGCACUAUUAAUUGAUAUUGGAGUUAAAUCGUGAAAAUAUUGGUCAAAUUAUCAUUUCUAAAAAAAUCACUGCUAUUAUCAUUAUAACACUGGUCAACUUGCCUUUAUAUCUACCACAUUGAUUAUUACCAUAUUGAUUUCUUAUAGAGUCAGCCACAUGUACAUGUUGAUCCUUAACUAAACAACGCCUCGCGGCAGAACUUGACUUUCAACAGCACAUGCCAUGUAAAAAACAGGGCAGAGUAGAGCAAGACACCCAUGAUAUGGGAAACCAACCAGCACAAGCCUCGGAACGUAUAUAAAUUAUAGGUUUAGAUCUGUCACAGCUACUUUAUUUCUCAACAACAACCUAAUGAAAAAAGGCAAAAGCACAACUCAGUGACCGAGUUGUUAAGCGUGCCGUUAGCCUCUCACCAAUGCUGUCGUUGUGAAUUCAAGUCCGGCUAAUGCUGGCUUCCUUUCCGUGGGAAGGUCUUCCAGCCACCUGUGAAUGGUUGUGGGUUUCCCCAGGGCUUUGCUCGGUUUACUCCCACCAUACUGCUUGCCUGGUGUUGUAUAAGAGAAAUAUUUUGACUACGAUGUAAAACACCAAACAAAUAAAUAAAUAUCAAAA